AUGGCUCGAACCAUCAUUUAUGGCGCGAGUAUUUUGACACUUGACGCGGAGGACUCGUUUUACUACCCUGGUACGGUCGAGAUCGAAGGCGACUGUAUUGCCAAGAUCUACCAUGGUAAUCCCAGCGAUGAACUGUUGAACGAUCCAUCAAUCAUUGUUAUUGAAGGCACAGACAAACUCGUCAUGCCUGGCUUUGUCGACCUUCAUUUCCACACAUCAGUAGCCAAGGGAUUCGGAGACGAGCUGCCCUUGAAGGAAUAUCUUGAGGAGGUCUGGUAUCCCAGCGUCCGAGCCCUGACACCAGAACGCGCAUACAUCGGCGCGCUGCAUUCCUACUGCACCGCGAUCAAAUCCGGCACCACCACCGUGAACGACAUGUACCGUUUUGUCGGCUCGCUCGCCGAUGCCGCUGCAAAGAUUGGCAUCCGAGCUGUUCUGAGCAACGAAGUCGCCUUACCAGAGUAUAAACUCGACCUCCUCGAAGACAACGAACAAUCGUAUCUACAACACGAUCAAAGAGAGUCGGAUCGAAUUCGCGUCUGGCUGGGCCACGAGUGGAUGUGCACCUCCAACCUUGAACUCAUGGCGGAAGUUGGAAAGAUGAAAAAGAAGCUCGGCACUGGACUGCAUAUCCACUUGUGUGAGUCACAACAGGAGAUUGAGGACACUCGUUCAAAAUAUGGAAGGACGCCGGUUGAGAUUGCAUAUGAAUCUGGAUGUCUGGGACCUGAUACUGUCGCGGCGCAUUGCGUGCACUUGACCGAUAGAGACAUUGAUCUUCUUGCUGAGACUGGCACCUCAGUCUCCUACGACCCAGGCUCCAACGCAAAGCUUGGAAAUGGCAUUGUGCGGCUGCAAGCUCUCCAAGAUAAAGGUGUCAAUGUAGGGAUGGGAGUUGAUGCGUUCGAAUGUGAAAAUAGUCCAGACAUGUUUGAGCUGAUGAAGUUUGGCUCGCUAAUCCAACGAGCCUUACAUCGGGAUGCCUCCUUGGCGAAGCCCUACAAUAUCUUGCGCAUGGCGACAAAGAACGGCGCCAAAGCACUUGGAAUUGAUGCUGGUGUCAUCACUCCUGGGAAAAAGGCCGAUCUCAUCGUCGUAGAUCUUACAAAGAACCAGAUGUUCACGCCUCUUCUGAAGGAUCCUCUGAAGCGCAAGAUGAUGUUGGAGAGCCAUCUUGUCUUCGGAUGCAAUGGCUCCGCUGUCCAGCAUACAAUAAUCGACGGCGUGUUAGUCAUGAAAGACUUUAAAGUGCUGGCUCUUGAUGAGGAGAAAUUGCGUCAAGACAUGGACGCCAUGUUUGAGGAGAUAUCAGAAGACAUGAAGUCGCUUGUCGUUAAAUGA